AUGGGGUUCCUCGGGGUAUACAAAGCGGUCUACGACUAUCAGCCCCAAGGCGAAGGCGAACUAGAACUUCGCGAGGGUGAUUUGCUUUACUUACUCGAGAAAAGCGUCGAAGACGAUUGGUGGAAAGCGAAGAAGAAGGCCGAACGGGAUGACGAGGAUGAACCGGAGGGUCUUGUACCGAAUAACUAUGUCGAGGAGGCCCCCGCGAUCAGCCAUGCAAAGGCAUUGUACGACUAUACGCGCCAGACCGACGAAGAAGUCUCAUUCUCUGAGGAUGCGGAACUCAUGGUGUACGAUAUUUCCGAUCCAGAUUGGACAUUAGUUGGUGUCAAUGGGGAUUUCGGCUUCGCCCCUGCAAACUACAUUGAGAUUCAGGAGGACGCUACUCCCGCCGCUGCCACUGCCCCGCCUUCUCUCCCUUCUCCUGCUCCUGUCGAGCCGUCCGCUCCGGCCCUUCCGCAACGCCCGGUCGAGGUACCGGCGGAGGAACCGGUCGCGCCCGCGUCUACUAGCUCCCCGAUUGACACGAUACAGAACCCAGCGGCAGCAGCAAUAGCGAAUAUCAUUCAUCAACAACAUGCAUCACCCGUGGAAUCCGAACCCUCCAGGGAUAUCCCGCCGCCGCAGCCCCAGCGACCCUCUUAUCGACCAGAGGACAGUUAUCAGAGGGAACCCUCGCCGCCGCCUCCAGUGUUACCGCAGCGGCCUCCAUCGCAACAGCUCUCUCCUCCAGUGGAGCGGUACUCUCCGCCGGAAUCCUCUCCUCCACGCCCACAGUAUGCCGCGGUGAGGGAGCGGGAUACCCAGGGCCAUGUGAAAGAGUCUCCCCCAUAUAAUCGAAUCGGACAGUCAACGCCUCGUUCCCCUUCUGGCUAUCAUCUGUACAAUAUCAAUGAAAUGGUUGAAGUUAUGGGUAAGAGGAAGAAGAUGCCAACGACAUUGGGAAUCAACAUCGCGACAGGAACGAUUUUUAUCUCACCAGAAGGGGACGGCGACAUGCAAGAAUGGACUGCGGAUAGACUCACCCAUUACUCUAUUGAAGGCAAACAUGUCUUCCUCGACCUGGUUCGCCCCAGCAAAAGUAUCGAUUUUCAUGCUGGUGCCAAGGACACCGCUCGAGAGAUUGUUUCCGCACUCGGUGAGAUCUCUGGAGCCUACCGUGCCGAGGGCUUGAAGGAAGUCAUUGCAGCAGGUGCAGGUGGCGGGGGCAAGAAGAAGGGUCAAAUUCUGUAUGAUUUCAUGGCGCAGGGAGAUGACGAGGUUACUGUGGCUGCCGGCGAUGAGGUCGUCGUUCUGGACGACACCAAAUCUGAGGAAUGGUGGAUGGUGCGACGCAUGAAGAAUGGCAAAGAGGGUGUGGUACCAAGCAGCUACAUCGAAAUCACCGGCUUUGUUUCCAGUCAACCCACUGGCGUCGAGUCGGGCCUAUCAACGGUAGAAAGGAAUCGGCUCGAAGAGACGCGCCUGGCCAAGGAAGCGAUGCGGAAAUCGAGGACUGACUCGAUAGAUUCACGGACCUCUGAGGUAAGCUGCACUGUUAAACCACCCUACCAAACAACGGUGACUCUGGUAAGAGAGGAUACUGAGAGUUUCGAGCAGCACAAAAAACGCGACAGCAAGAGCUCCAAUAAGCCGAAACCGGAUCCCACCAAGACAAGGCAGUGGACAGAUCGUACCAAGUCUUUCACGGUUGAAGCGCAAUUUAUCGGCUUGCAAGACGGGAAGAUUCACCUCCAUAAGACCAACGGAGUCAAGAUUGCUGUCCCCAUCCCCAAGAUGUCUAUUGAGGACCUCGAAUACGUGGAAAAACUUACGGGCGUGUCUUUGGACGAAGACAAGCCUCUAUCUGAUAUUCGCCGCCGAGCUCAAAAAUCCGAGUCGAAAUCCGAGGCCAGUCGCCCCGGUGCGUCAGUUGGGCCCGAGUACGAUUGGUUUGAUUUCUUCCUAAAAGCUGGAGUCGGACCUCAUCAAUGCGAGCGGUAUGCUCAGAACUUUAUCAAAGACUCCAUGGAUGAAGCGAUUCUACCGGACAUUACCUCUGAGACUCUGCGUACCCUUGGAUUGAAGGAGGGUGAUAUUCUGCGGGUUAUGCGGCAUCUGGACAAUAUGUUCGGCAGAACUGGGUCCAAGUCCAAGCUGCGCAAUGUCAGCUUCGGCGGAGAAGAGGUCAUCAGCAAUGGGGAGGCUGGCUCUCCCGGCGGUCUUUUCUCCGGCCCAGGAGGGGUUCUACGCAACAACACCCGCAAGGGCAGGCCGGCACCCACGGUCCUGGCCGGUGAUGUGGUCGAUCCGAAGGCCUUCGAGCAGAAGGAGGACGCACCCAAACCUCAGGAACGCACCGAAACACCACCCGCUCCUGCUGCAGUUGAGAAGCCAGUACAGCGUGGCUUCGAUGACGAUGCUUGGGAGGUGAAGCAACCUAAACAGGCCGCGUCUUCGGCGCCACCUCCCUCAUCCCCACCUCCGGCCACAGCACCGCCCGCUACAACCCAAGCUCCAGUGCAAAAGCAACUUACUGGGGCAAUGGCUGACCUAUCUCUACUGCAAGCGCCUCUCCAGCCCACUCCUGCACAGCCGGCGCCCGCGCCUACUCCUCAGGCCUCUCAAGCUCCGUCAGCCCCCGCUGCUAUCCAGCCACAGCCGACUGCAGUGCCUACGCCCCAGCUGCAGCCGCAACAGCCAGGUGCCACUCCUGGCUUUUUCAACCAAGUGGCACAAAUAGCACAGCAGCCUAUGCAAACCGGCGCCCAGACAUUCAGCCCUCAACAGACAGGCUUUCAGCAGGCAUCGAGGCAGCGCCCACAACCGCCUCAAAAUAUGGCUCAGAGCUCGCUUCUCCCGCCCCCUCCACAGAGGCCGCUUUCCGCACCACAGAAUUUCCCCCAGCAGCCAAAUACUUUUGGUCCUCCUCCAUUGCAACCACAACUGACCGGUCUUCCUCAACCCGGCCCACAGAUCGCCCCGCCUGGCCAGAGUCUGACCGACUUGAACCAGCAACGUUUUAAUCCAUCGCUCCAACCGCAGCCGACCGGUUUCAUGCCGCCAAGUCAGUUUGCAGGUGGAUUGGUGCCACAGCCCACUGGGUUCCAGCCACAGUCACAAUUUGGCAUGCAGCAGCUACAGCAACAGCAGACUGGCUUCCAGGGCCUUGCACCGCAGCCGACAGGCUUCGGAGGCUUUCAACCCCAGCCACAGCAGCCAAUGCCGACAGGCAUUAACUCGAUACUUCCUCCGGCUCUUCAACCCCAACCUACUGGCAUGAACGGUGCGAGCAGUAUGCAUUAUGCUGUAGCCUCCCCGCCACCCAUACCCCCUAUUCCCCAACAGCCCACAGCCGCACCUUUGCAGCCACAGAAGACCGGCCCACCUCCUCCCGUACGGUUUGGGGUCAAGCAUGAUGCUCCUAAGAAGCUGACUCCCCAGCCAACAGGUUUGCGGGCUAAUCUUGCACAAGCUACGCCCACAAAUCCAUUCGGCUUCUAA